GCGGAGGAAGAGGAGCAGCAGCUGAGUGCAUGCGCAGUGUGAGUGGCUGGGGAAUUCAUGUGGAGGUCACAGUGAAAGCAGGUGUGAGUGGGCUGCAAGGUGAGAUCUAACAGAAGCACACAUGGCUGCCAAGGUGUUUGAGUCCAUCGGCAAGUUCGGCCUGGCCUUAGCCGUCACGGGAGGUGUGGUGAACUCGGCCCUCUAUAACGUGGAUGCGGGGCACAGAGCUGUCAUCUUUGACCGGUUCCGUGGCGUCCAGGACAUCGUGGUAGGGGAAGGGACUCACUUUCUCAUCCCUUGGGUACAGAAACCAAUCCUCUUUGACUGCCGCUCUCGACCGCGGAACGUGCCAGUCAUCACUGGUAGCAAAGAUCUACAGAACGUCAACAUCACACUGCGCAUCCUCUUCCGCCCGGUGGCCAGCCAGCUGCCGCGCAUCUACACCAGCAUCGGCGAGGACUACGAUGAGCGGGUGCUGCCGUCCAUCACCAAGAUCCUCAAGUCCGUGGUGGCUCGCUUUGAUGUUGGAGAACUAAUCACCCAGAGAGAGCUGGUCUCCAGGCAGGUGAGCGACGACCUCACAGAGCGAGCGGCCACCUUUGGGCUCAUCCUGGAUGACGUGUCCUUGACGCAUCUGACCUUCGGGAAGGAGUUCACAGAAGCGGUGGAAGCCAAGCAGGUGGCCCAGCAGGAAGCUGAGAGAGCCAGAUUUGUGGUGGAGAAGGCUGAGCAGCAGAAGAAGGCGGCCAUCAUCUCGGCCGAGGGCGACUCCAAGGCCGCUGAGCUGAUCGCCAACUCGCUGGCCACCGCCGGGGACGGGCUGAUCGAGCUGCGCAAGCUGGAGGCGGCGGAGGACAUUGCCUAUCAGCUGGCGCGCUCCCGAAACAUCACCUACCUGCCACAGGGCCAGUCGGUGCUCCUCCAGCUGCCACAGUGAGCCC